CAUUGAUGGUCAUUAUGGAUCUCAAUGGACAUUUGAGAUCUUUGAUCAAUCCUGGGGAUAAUCUUCAGUCAAUAUCACAAGAUCAAGAUGAUGCUGAAUUGCUCAAUGUUGCAAUCCGAGCAGCUAUAGACUUAACGCCUCAGCCAGUAGAACAAGAAUUGGAAAAGCCAGAAGGUGUAGAAUGGAGUCAAGAAUCGCCAAUCAUAGAUGAAAUAUUAGGCAAAAAUGCUCCAAGCACAAACACAAAUGCUCAAGCUGGACCAUCUAGAAGCAAGCAAAGCGAGGUAGCAAGAAAAGUUCGGGAAGUUGCAAGGGAAACAUCAAAUCAUGACUCAGCAUUAUACGACAGUAUGCUGGCUAGUAUUCGAUCAAGUUUGGAGAAGCCAGGAUCAACGGAUGAUGAGAUUAGUAUCUUCUUAGCCGAGACAUUGGGAUUUGAUAGGUUGGACUUGGUUGAACAGGUUGUGAAGCAGCGUAAAGAAGUACUAGCGGACCUCAAAAACGAAGAAAGUCAGGUACCGGCCCGAGAAUUUGCAUCUGACAGUCUAGCAAAUGCAGGUCUAGCAACUCCCAUAGAGAGCGCUAUGCAUCAUGGAAGAGAGCUUCAACAUGCACAUGCUAGCAGCUCAAAGCCAUACACUCCUGGAUCGUCUGUUAGAAUUCAAACAAAAGAGGAAAUCGAACAAAAUAAACGUAAAAGAGCUGAACAGAGAAAGCUUCAACGUGCUCGUGGUCAUCAUCACUUUGAAGAAGAGGAAGAUGAAAAUAUGCAAUAUACUGCAGAAGAAAUGGCAAUGCUGCGAGCUCAAAGCUUGGCCGCUGCAGCUGAGAGACCAUUAUUCACUUCGGAUAGGGCAGCUACCGAUGAACCAAAGUAUCCUCACGUAUUCGCUGCUGGAAGUGGCGGAAAUGUACUCAACGCCUUCGGGUCAAAAUUCUCACUUCCCACCGGUACUAUACGGCAAGACAGGGAAUUUUACGAAGAGGUCACAAUUCCACCACCGAAACAACUACCUAUGCGUACGAAUGAACGUCUUGUACCGAUUACGGAGAUGGAUACUAUGGCAAAAGGAGCCUUUCCUGGCUACAAAUCACUCAAUAGGUUGCAAAGUGUGGUGUACCCACUGGGAUAUGGCAGCAAUGAAAAUCUUUUGGUUUGUGCUCCAACGGGAGCAGGUAAGACAGACGUAGCCAUGUUGACGGUUUUGCGUACCAUCAAAAUGCACGCUCGAACGCCCGAGGCAAUCGUAGGAAAUGCUGUUUCAAGACCGAAUGGCGUGGAGAACAGCUUUGGAAUACAAUACGAUGAUUUCAAGAUUAUUUAUGUUGCUCCAAUGAAAGCUUUGGCAUCUGAAAUUGUGGCCAAAUUUUCCAAAAGAUUACGUUAUCUUGGCGUCAAGGUGAGAGAAUUGACGGGAGAUAUGCAAAUGACGCGAAAGGAAAUUGCUGAAACGCAAAUGAUUGUCACCACACCUGAAAAGUGGGAUGUCGUUACAAGAAAGCCAACUGGUGAAGGGGAGUUGGCUGCCAAGGUGAAGCUGUUGAUUAUUGAUGAAGUGCAUUUACUGCAUGAAGAGCGUGGUGCUGUUAUUGAAACAAUCGUUGCACGUACAUUGAGGUUGGUGGAAUCGAGCCAAUCGCUGAUCAGGAUCGUGGGAUUAUCAGCCACACUGCCAAACUACGUAGAUGUGGCAGACUUUCUUCGCGUUAAUCGUUAUCAAGGUUUGUUCUUCUUCGACUCAUCCUUCAGACCUGUUCCACUUGAACAACACUUUUUGGGUGUUAAAGGAAAGACAAACACACCAAUCGCACGGCAAAGGAUGGACAAAGCCACAUUUGAGAAAUUGCAAGAGCUUAUCGAACAAGGUCAUCAAGUUAUGAUCUUUGUGCAUGCAAGAAAGGAGACGGUAAAGACAUCUUAUGGUAUGCGUGACUUAUGCAGAGAAGAAGGCAUACUGGAUCUUGUAACUGAAGCAAGAGAUAAAGGAAACCCUGAUGGCUUCCGUCGAGAAAUUGCUGAGAGUCGUAAUCGAGAGCUGAAAGAGCUGUACGAGACAGGAUUCGGAAUUCAUCAUGCCGGUAUGCUUCGAAAGGAUCGCAAUUUGAGCGAAAGAUUAUUCGAGGCCGGGGUGACACGGGUACUUUGCUGUACGUCCACUCUAGCAUGGGGUGUCAAUUUGCCAGCAUAUGCGGUUUUGAUCAAAGGAACGGAUAUUUAUGACGCCUCGUUAGGAAGAUUUAGUGAUCUAUCAAUUUUGGAUGUUUUGCAAAUCUUUGGUCGUGCCGGUCGCCCGCAGUAUGAAAAAGUCGGUGUCGGCUAUAUCAUCACUUCGCAUGAUAAGCUUUCGCAUUACGUUGACGCCAUCACAUCCCAACAUCCAAUCGAAUCUAAAUUCAAGACUGGUAUGAUUGAUGCUUUGAACGCAGAAGCUGCGUUGGGCUCGGUGAAUAGUAUCGCUGAUGGUGUAACUUGGCUGUCUUACACGUAUCUGUUCACAAGAAUGCGAAGGAAUCCAUUGGUAUAUGGUAUGUUGGCCGAUGAGGUAAUGGAAGAUCCACAAUUGGGCUCCAAACGAUUGAACGAGAUCACAUCAGCUGCAAAAUAUCUGACAAAAUGUGGUAUGCUUGAAUUGGAUGAACAAUCGGGUCAAUUGACAAUCACUGAACUUGGAAGGAUUGCAGCUCGAUACUACAUCACUUAUCGAACUGUGGAAGUCUUUAAUGAGAAAUUACGAAACAACAUGACUGAAGCAGAUCUCUUGGCCGUGUUCGGACAAGCAACCGAUUUCGAGCAAAUCUUACCGAGAGAGAAUGAGAUUCCCGAAUUGAAAAAGCUGCAAGAGAAAGUACCAUGUGAAAUCGAAGGUGCGACCGAUACACCAGCCGGAAAGACCAAUCUUUUACUGCAAGCAUUCAUUUCGAAGCUGUAUAUCGAUGACUUUGCAUUGGUGUCAGAUUCAGGUUAUGUUGCACAAAACGCAGGGCGGGUAAUGCGUGCAUUAUUCGAAACAGCAUUGACAAGACAUUGGGCAGGUACAGCAGCCGCUGCAUUGGGCCUUGCGAGAUCGAUCGAGAAACGCUUAUGGCCUUUUGAUCAUCCACUUGCUCAAUCCAAUUUACGUCCUGAUAUGGUACAUCAACUUAGUCGAUGGGCUGAAGAGGUGGAAAUCAAAGAUCUUGCAAAGAUGUCAAAGGAUGAUUUGGCAACAUUGUGUAAAGUCAAUGCAAGGCAUGGCGAUGCGAUUCGACAAGCUGCAAAUCGUUUCCCAAUGUUAAAGAUUCAGCACAAAUUGAAGCCUUUGACGUACGAUCUUCUUCGUCUUGACGCUUUCGUUAUGCGAGAUUAUGACUGGGAGGAUGCCGAUCGAAAUGGAGGCGGAACAGAAUCCUUCUAUGUCUGGAUCGAAGAUGAAGAUGGAGAAAAGAUUUUGCAGAGUAAGCGAAUUCUAUUUCAUCCACGUUCUGCACAAAAGCAAUUGCUUUCGUUCACUAUUGACCACAUUGCCAUCGCAAGUGCUUCUGGUGUAUCUUUGAGAUGGCUCUCAGAACGUUGGUUAGGAUCAGAAGAUGUGAUUUUCAUUCCCUUUGAAGAUUUACGGAUGGCAGAUCCACCACAAGCACCGAUGCCAUUACUUGAUCUGCCAUUGUUGCAAACAUCUCAAUCUCUCACUACAAUUGGACCUGCAGGUGAAACAUUGGCUACAAAGUUUACCACAUUCAAUGCAUUGCAAACCCAAGCAUUCAAUGCUUUCACUGAUAUGACGAAUAAUAUCAUAUGUUCAAUACCUCAUCGUGCAGGCAGAACGACAUUGACCUAUCUUUCGAUCUUGCGCGCCGUUCAAAAGAUCGAUGGACCUGCAGUCUUGCUUGUUGUCCAUCCAACUCUUUCAUUGGCCAACAGAGCAAUGACUUCGCUACAAUCAAUGGCUAUCGGACUUCGAGUCGGUUUGGCAAAGGAAGUAAAGGAUAUCCUACAUAAUCUUGAUUUGGAUGGACCUCGCGUAAUUUUCACAGUACCUGGAGUUAUCGAUGAAGCGAUGAUGGAAGAAGGACCAGAUUCAGGAUGGCUCUCUUUGCUGCAUAUGAUUGUACUGGAGGAUGUGCAAAUGCUCGACGCAAGAUAUGAGCUGGUGAUCAGUCAAUUGUGUAGAGCUGUGUCCCAAAAACCGGUUCGAUGGAUUGCCACAACUGUGAAUCUGGAGAAUGCGUCAAGUCUGCAAUCAUGGCUAAAGGUGGACCCUUCGGAUGUGUACAACUUUGGCAUGAGUGAUCGGCCAACCCCUUUGCAAACAUCUCUAGUCUCUUUUGAUCUAUCACAUUCGCUGCACUUGCUCAAAUCCAUGGUUAAGCCAGCCUAUGAUCGCAUAAAAGAGAGCGUUGGAAGUGUUGAGAGAGCAAUGGUCUUUGUUCCUUCACGCGCACAAACAUUGAGUGUCGCUCGUGAUUUAGCAAGACAAGCAGCUUCAGCGAUGGACGUCACCGCUUUCAUGGGAGCAAGAGCUAAUUCAAAUGAUUUAGCACCCUACUUGGCAGCGUUGAAAGAUACAAGACUUGCGGAAGUACUAUUGGCAGGAAUUGGUGUGAUUGCAGAAGGAAUGUCACCCAGCGAUCGAAGAAUGGUCUUGGCGUUGUAUGAAUCAGAAGUGAUUCGAGUUUUGAUCUGCAGUCGAGAAUCUUGUUGGACGUUGCCGGAUGACGUUUACUGCAAAUGCGUCGUGAUUAUGAGUACACAGUUUAUGCGAUUGGAUGAAAUUCAAAUGCAAGCAGAAACCUUAUUUGCGACCUCAAUCGCAUCACAACAACAGCGGAUUGGCCAUGCAAGAUUGAUUGAUUAUCCUUUGACGGAUAUUCUACGUAUGCAAGCCUUUGCAGCUGCGCCAAAUCCAAAACUUGGAGAUGAAUUAGAACUUGGACCAAAUCACUGCUUCAUCCUUUGUCAAGGAGAUCAAGCCGCUCUUUUACGAAGGAUGGUGAAUGGAGGUUUAGUGCUGGAGUCCAAAUUGAUGGACGAAGAUAUCAAUGGCGCACAUUCUUCAAGAGAAGAUUCGAUCUUGCCUUGGUUUAUCUUACGACAAGUACAGUCUGGCCAAGUCAAAUCUCGUGCAGAUAUUUUGAAGGCGAUGCAAUGGACAUAUUUGCGCUACAGAAUGCAAAGAAAUCCUUCUUACUAUGGAGCACGAAGCGGAAAGGAAGAUGAUAUACAAGAAAGGCUGCUCUUCCUAGUAGAGGAGAUGGUCAAAUUGCUUUUGACAACGAGAUGCAUCAUAGAAGAUUCAGGAUCUCUUACUUGCUCACAACUGGGCAUUGCAUUUAGCAAAUCCAAUAUACUUUCUUUAUCUUCAAUUCUCAACAGCUUUUCUCGCCUCUUGGCUCUUCGUCAAUUAUUUGAAUCUGACUCAGAUUUAACAGCAAAGCGAUUGAUGGUCACCCUAGCGUUCAAGAAAUUUGCGAUUAGCUUGACAGGAGGUGAUGUGCGUGGCAAGAAGAAAGCGAUCUCGAACGAGAAUGCAAUCAAGAACGUUUUGGAUGCAACUAGAAGUUGUACACCAGGAGAACAGCUUGCUCGCUUUGACGUGCCAAGAUUGGCACGAAAGGCAAAAGGGAAUGGAGAGAAAGAGCAAGAGAAGGAGGGUGGUGAAGCAUCAAAUGAUCAAUUCCUAACUGCAAUUCAACAGAAAGCACUUUUGCUUGCUAUCUACUUUUCCGAACAACAUGACAUUCGAACACCUGGAGAAGCAAAAUUUAUUAGAGCCAAAACGAUUGCCAAGAAUAACGAGCAAUGGGAUGAUGAUGAUAUAAAGUCGACCGAAGGAGAGUGUAUCGAAGUGAAAGAUUCUUUACGUCUAAACAUGUUUACAUUAAUAGAAGCCAUCAUUCUUACAGAUGUUGGCCCAUCACAUCAUGUACAUUAAACAUAUCAGAUCCCAUCAAAAUGCAUUUUUACCAAC